CGCGAGAGCUUCACUCCGUGUGUCACAUGUCACGUGUGUGUGUUUGUAGCUAGCUCGCGUCCACAGCGGCGGCGUCCCUGUAAGUUUCAUCAGUCUGGCCAUACAUUCCCAAAAUGGAUACAGACUAUGCAGAACAAACAUCACCGUAGUAAGAAAGUUCCUGCACUGCUACAGCGAGGAUGUUCCCCAGCCUGGCCCACAGACCAUGGCAUGUCUUCUGCAGGGUGUCCCUGCAGCACCGGGCGCCCCUGUCUCAGAGGUCCCCGAGGAUCCCGCAGCUGUGCUAUGGCUGGCAGAGUGGAGGCAUGCAUAGCUCGUGGUUCAGCCUCCCAGACUGCCGGGUUGCCUCUCUGGGGCUGGGCAAGGUGCAGUACUACUCUACCUCUGGCAACAGUAAAGAUGGUCCUCCAAAGCCACCAUCAGCCAACGCUCCAUCAGCAGAAAAAGUCUUGUCCGCUGCUGUAAAAGCCACCCCAGCUUCACCAGGUUCAAUGCCUCAGGGGCUGACUAAAGCUGAGACAAUUCAAGUAAAAGUUCGGGCGGUCCUAAAGAAAAGGGAGUACGGAGCCAAAUACACUCAGAACAACUUUAUCACCGCAGUCAGAGCCAUGAACGAGUUCUGCCUCAAACCAAGUGAUCUGGAACAGCUUCGAAGGAUCAGAAGACGCAGCCCCCACGACGACACAGAGGCUUUCACUGUCUUUUUGCGGUCAGACGUGGAGGCCAAAGCAAUAGAUGUAUGGGGAAGCCAGGAAGCUCUAGCCCGAGAAAGAAAUCUCAGGAAGGAGGUGGAGAGAGAGUACGAAGAGAAUAUUUUUCGGAAUCAACAGUUGUUGAAGGAAUACAAAAGCUUUUGGGGGAACACAAAGCCUCGAUCAAGAGAGAGGGCAACGUUUCUACAAGGGCCGGGGAAGGUGGUCAUGGUCGCUAUUUGCAUCAAUGGACUGAAUUUCUUCUUCAAGCUCCUGGCUUGGGUCUAUACUGGAUCAGCUAGCAUGUUCUCUGAAGCCAUCCACUCUCUGGCCGACACCUGCAACCAGGCUCUGCUCGCCCUGGGGAUCAGCCAGUCUGUCCGCAACCCUGAUGCUGGACACCCGUAUGGUUUCUCCAACAUGCGUUACAUUGCCUCCCUCAUCAGCGGGGUGGGCAUUUUUAUGAUGGGAGCAGGCCUCUCCUGGUACCACGGCAUCAUGGGAUUGCUGCAUCCAGAACCCAUUCAAUCUUUGUUAUGGGCUUAUUGUAUCUUGGCGGGCUCUUUGGUGUCUGAAGGAGCCACGUUACUAGUAGCCGUCAAUGAGAUAAAGAAGAGCGCCCGCCUGAGCGGCGUUUCUUUUUAUGAAUACGUAAUGCAGAGUCGAGACCCCAGUACUAACGUAGUGCUGCUGGAGGAUGCUGCUGCUGUAUUAGGAGUCAUCCUGGCCGCCAGCUGCAUGGGGCUCACCUCACUCACAGGUAACCCGCACUAUGACAGUUUGGGUUCUCUCGGCGUGGGCACGUUGCUGGGUACCGUCUCAGCCUUCCUCAUCUACACGAACACAGAGGCCCUGCUGGGACGCUCCAUACAGGCCGAACGCGUUCAGAAGCUUACGGAGUUCCUGGAGAACGACCCCGCUGUAAGGGCCAUACACGAUGUCAAGGCCACUGAUAUAGGACUGAGUAAAGUGCGCUUCAAGGCUGAAGUCGACUUCGAUGGCCGAGUGGUGACACGGUCUUAUCUGGAAAAACAAGACAUCGACCAAAUCCUCACCGACAUUCAGCAGGUGAAAACCCCAGAAGAGCUGGAGAACUUCAUGCUGAAACACGGGGAGAACAUCAUUGACACCCUGGGGGCCGAGGUGGACCGCCUGGAGAAAGAACUCAAGCAACGUAACCCAGAGGUUCGUCAUGUAGACUUGGAGAUCCUAUAAUACCUCUCUGCUCCAGCUGUAACAAGAAGAAUCUACAAGAGGAAAACUUGAAAGGGCCACGCCUGCCUCCGCAAUCUGUCUCCCAUCCUGACCAAGUGCUCAAGUCUUACUGUAGAAUAGUCCGCAAUCAUGUACAAGGACAACGUCUGAGCAGUGAUCAUGCUUUGUUUGUGUUGGCUGAGCUUCAGUUAGCUGUACCGAGAUCCACUUUCAUAUUCAAGUGUGUGUGUUUCUGACUGAAUACUGUAAUUAGUCUCCACACACACAUGCACAGUGAUGACAGUUUAGUCUUAUGGUUGUUUUCUUGAAGUCACAUUCCUCCUUGAAUGUGUGUGGAGUGGACUGAAAUCACAAACAGGACAAGUAUCAUUCACUAGGCUUGUACUUUAAUGCUUGAGCCACUGCGAUAGUGUGUCCCUCAUUAGCACAAAGGAAACCCGAGAGCUACAUAUUCAAACGAGACUUAUUUAACUGCUAGAUCAUAUUAGAAUUUUUUUUUUUUGUUCUUUUUAAUGUCAAAACUGAAGAUGGCACGACGCUGCUGCAGGUUCUUUAAUUAAGACAGAAUUUAUGACGAAUAGAUUUUAUUGCUCUUACAGAAAAAUAUGCAAAUUAAAAGCUGUUAUUAAGACAUUUCAUUUGAUUUGUACGAUAGAGUUAACUGAAGGUAAAUACUGUAGAACUAGCUAGUGGAUAUAUUAAUCAUAACACAAGCCAAGAAAUGAUUUUAUAAGCAGCAGCAUCCAUUUUCUUACGCUUCAUUUCUCUCUUUGCCAGCUCCAAACUCCAAACUUUGAUGUUUUCCAAAUUUGAGGUUUUGUCUUGUGAGUUUGUCAGCUGAUCGGCAGAUGACUGAUGGUCCUUUUCCCAAAGACAAAGUACUGAAGGGACACAUGUGUCUUUGUCCCUUUUGACACCCAGUGUAAAUAAGAUGACAAAAAAACGUACCGAACGGAUCGCCAGGCGUCGAGCUCCACAAACAACUCCACUUGGAAAAAGCAAAAGAAAAAACGUCAUUGUUUAAAUCACUCUGUACAGUAUGUGUACCAAAUUAUGUGCUGAAUAAUCUCCUCCAGUGUUUCUGCUGAAUAAUCUCUAUGAAAACGUGCAGUGGCUGUGCUUUUACGUCUCAUCCUGCAUUUACUGUCACAGCUGCAGCAUGGGACACACCUGCCUGCUAAACAUCAUGUUCUGCUUCAAGGAGGUGGGCCGGAGUCAUUUCAUCUUUGAGUGGGAGGGGUGGGGGGAGUGGAUUAUAUAUUUUUGAAGGUGUUAAUAGUGUAAUAUUUCCCUUUUGGUUAUAACUAUGUUGCCACUGCUGAAGGAGUUGGAAUAAAUUUGAAAUAAUUUAUUAAAUUAUUUUGCUU